AAACGUACGAGCAGCUCGUGAAGGCACCACGGGGACAGCAGCCAUGAAGCAGUCCCUCUGCUCAGAGCCUCAGUGACAGUGAUGAUGAAACACUUUGUUCAGCAGCUUCUUCAUGUCGCUGCAGAACAGCACCAGGCUCGUUCCAUCCGCUGCUGCAUGAGCUAAUAGGUGCAGAUCAUCCGGACCAAGAGGAUCUGCGGGGUCCCUUCAUUUUGUUUUCCCGUUCCAAGCUGCGGAGCUGAGGUAAAAAAAAAAAAAGUGCUGCUGCAGAUGGGGGAGUUUUCAAGCCGUGCUCUGGGACGGGUAACCGUGUACUCCAUCCAGGGCUGCCCACACUGUGUCCAGGCUAAGGCCACCCUCGGGCGUCUGGAGGUGCCAGUAUGUGACGUGGACUUGGGGAGGCAUCCAGAGCUGAGAGCGGCAGUGAAGGAGCUUACAGGACGCAGCUCAGUCCCUCAGAUCUUCUUCAACAAUGUUCAUGUUGGCGGCAACGAUGACCUGCAGAAAUUGGCUCCUGAGGAGCUUCAGAGAUUGGUGAGUCUGGUCAAGGAGGAGCCUCUUCCAGCAGAUGCUCCGCCUGUGCCAGAGAAGAGCCAAUCAGAGGAAGCAGCUGGAGAGACCGAUGGAGAGUUUAUGUGUGAGAAAGAUGAGUUGGCCGACCUGGUACAGGACCUCAAACAUGGCAGUGUUAUUGGCAGUCAAAGGAGGGGGCUGUCUGUUUACAAAAAGAGCUUCUCCGGCGAUCAGCUGGUAGACUGGCUGCAGAAAGAGAAGGGCUUGGCCAGGGCUGAGGCCUGUAGCACUGGACAGGCAUUGUUGCAGAAGAAGUACAUGGUCAGUGUGCGUGGCUGUGGGCAGCAGGAUGGCGGUUUUGGAGAAGGGGAAAACGCCACUGACGCACUGUACAGGCUGCUGGAGGAUGACCCUCAUUCAGCCCUCAACGCAGGACAGACUGCCGGCUGCAGUGUCAAACCGGCUGCGGAGCUCUCUCUGCUUUUACGGGAGAUGAUUCUGAAACUGUUCUCUGAGCAUCUCUCUGCCGACGGCAAGUCUGUGGACUACAAAGGCAUGUCGUCGAACCCUGCGUUCGAGCGUUACUCUGAGCUGGCCAUACAGCUGCAGAGGGUGGAGCUGCUGUCACUGAGCCGGGAGGAGAAGCUGGCCUUCUUCAUCAACACCUACAAUGCACUCGUCAUCCACGGGUUCCUCCGCCUGGGGCCCCCCACCAACAUGUGGUCAAGAUACAGAUUCUUCAACUAUGUGAGCUACCUGAUUGGAGGAGAAGUGUUCACCUUGCAGGACAUCGAGAACGGCGUGCUGAGAGGGAACAAAAAGGGUCUGGCACAGUUUCGAAGGCCCUUCUCCAACACGGACCCGAGGCUUCAAGUGGCUCUCCCAAACGCAGAGCCCCUCAUUCACUUUGCCUUGAACUGUGGUGCAAAGGGCUGCCCGCCUAUUAAAACGUACUCUCCACAGGACAUCGACAGUCAGCUCCGCAUAGCAGCUGAAGCCUUCCUGGAGAACGAUGACGGCUGUACGGUGGAUUCUGUGAAAAAAGAAGUGCGACUCAGUCAGAUAUUCAAGUGGUACAAGGCCGACUUUGGAGGCACCGAUGAGAACCUGCUGAAGUGGGUGCUGGAGCACAUGGGCGACUCUCCGAAGAAGACCAGCCUGCAGGGCGUCAUGUCUGCAGGCAAAACCAAGGUCACCUUCCUCCCUUAUGACUGGAGCUCCAACGGCACCCACUGAGCAUCUCUCUCACAAACACAACACACCCAGCUAUACACUAUGUCCCUUUGCAUCUGUCUACUUUCUCCUGAGCUGCAUCACCGUAAACAUCAUGCAAUUAUUCUUAUGCAAAUCAAACUGUAAAAUCCAAAGGGACGCGUCUGCACUGAACUCCAGAAUUGUAUUUGUCUCGUACGUUAGAUGUUUUUGUUUCAGGUAACGCCAAAAACAACAGGAUGCCGAGCGAGCCUAUUUUAGAAAACAAGACGCUCGACAUUUUCUACUGCAGCGGCAUAUUUAAUAUGAUGAAAUGCACUUCGAAUGAGUCGUAAACUUUUCGUAUUGAUAAAACUAAUGUCAAAUGAUAAACUCUAAAAAACAACACAUACACAUCUCAAAUUAUUAACGAUGAAAUGAUCGCAGAGAAUUCUGCAUCCUGUAUUAUAACAACCUCAAUCAUCAAUAUGGUUUUCAUGCUUUCCAGUCCCAGUCUUUAAACAGCACGUCAGCAACUCAGGACCAAUAGACGAUCAUGAUCUUCUCAGUCCAGUUCAACACAUAUUUUAGGCUACUUCACAUGGAGAUGAUAACUUUGCUGAUCCAAAUACUCUGCCUUGAUAAGCCAUAUCAAAAUACCUUAAAAAACACUCAUUCGAGUGUAGUGGUCUGCAGAUUGUCCACAGAGCCAGUCCAUUAUUCCGGCAGCGUCUUCAGUCGCCACAUCUCCACCUUCGUGAACUGGAUCCAGGCCCUGAAUUAAAAUACUGUGUCCAUGUUUUAAGAGACACAGAAAGAUGCAGUGCUCAGACUUUUGCAUGUCUUGGAUCUGUUUUUAUUCCUAACCCACUGUUGGCAUUUUGGUUCUCCCUCUCCUCUACAUCAUCGUCCACCCUCCCUUUCUAAUCCAGGUCUUCCAUUUGAAAUUGCAGAAGUGCUACAACUGUGUUUUUUCAGCACAGGUAUUUAUUAAGAAAUUUAAUAAUAUUGUGAAUAAUGGAAACAUAUGUCCAAGCUGCACCCACUCGGGAUGCACUCUAUCAAUCUACAUGUCUAUCACCAACUCUGCUGUUGAAAUAUAUUUGUACUUUUUCACAAAGAAAAAUGUUGUCGCAAUAAUGUUCUGUGUUUAUUUGACUAUUUAUUCCUGCAUGUCUGCACAUUUUUUUUGUUGUUGUUGCUAAAAUCCGAAGCAAUUAAAUGUAGCAGUUUAAGACUCAAUUCAGUUUGAGUUUUCCACUUGUCAGUUCAGUUUCCACUUUAGACUGUAUAUCAAGAUGGACAACGUGUCUCCAUUUCCUCCCACAAUCCAGAAAUGAAGCUAAAAUAUCAUGGAUACGAAUGUCACCACCUUGUGUCUGCACAGUAACAAACAGGGAGUGGAGCCCGGGUAUCAAGGUCCCAUCGAUACACACCCUGGACAAAUCACGAGUCAGUCUCAGCUGUCAAUCAAUAUGUUUUACUAUGUUUUUCAUAGCAUUAAAUAACCAAUCAAAUCAAAUCUUACUGGAAAAAACGAACAUGGAAAACAUCACAGUGACAGGAGCAACCUAAAAUGACAGAAACCAUCACAAAAAUGUAUAUGACGUGUGGUUUGACUUUUAAGUUUGGUCCUUGUCCCACCCAUUAACAUGGAGGAGGCAGUAUCUAUGGCCUGUACUGCAGCCAGCUACCAGGGGGCAAUCCAGACACUUUUGGGGAGCAGUCAUGUCGUCCAUCGUUACAGUCUAUGGUUUCCACCUAAACACGGAAAUGUUACUUAAUUGGCUUUCCAUUUUACCUGGCCUUAAAACAAUCACUUGUUUUCAACAUGAUGCAUUUUUCUUUGUGAUUUCCCACACACUCACUUAUUAUAACUUAACGGUUAAAGGAAAUGUGUGACUUUGAAAAUCUUUCAUUAAGUGAUCUUUCCACAAUUUCUGACUUUAUCUCAGGUCAAAGGAAAAUGUGAGUGGAAAUGAUUCAAGUGUUCGAUGUCAGCAUGUCGUUCCUGCUGUUUCACCUCAUUCUGUAUCUUCUACAUUUGUUUGCAAAUAAUUGUAUGCACGCCUGCACAUGACUGUACAUGUUACUGUGCAUUAGUUUCUGUCCAUAGGCUACAAGCGUCACCAAAGCAAAACAGUUUACUGAGCAUGUGUUAUAACUGGAAUGCAUUAGCUGCAUGAAAUAUUGUAAAAGCCUCUGUGCUUGAAGGCCUGUCGCAGGGCUGCCUCUGAGUCGUAUCAACAGUCUGCACUUUGUCUUUCUCUGCGACAAUGGACCUUUGGCUUUAUUAACUGAUAGACUCAGAUUAAUAUAUGAAGGGAGGACACAAUGGCUAAAUUGAACAGAAAAAAAGGUUGUACUAUACCUCAGGGGUUUUCAAAGUCUGACACGGUCGGCCUUCCCUCAGACAAAACAUGGGAAAUUGCGCCCCCUUCCUCUCAUCUUAGUUUGUAUUGCUUAGUUUUGCUCAAUACCUGGAUGCCAAUAGCAUCAUGGUUGUGCUUUUUGAUCCCACAGACACUCAACAGUUGAGUCAAGAAAGCCUAAUAUUGCUGUUUGACAUACGGUAACUUCAUAUUGCACCCAGUUAUUAGUUUAUGACUGGGAAAGUGGGAAAAACUACUAAACUACUGAAUUUCUGAAUGAUCUCUUAAACCAAAUCACACAUAUGUAGGCUACAUAUAUGAUAACUAAUGUUAUUUCACUUUAAUAAACUGAGGCAAACAUCCCUGAAACCGUUGGAGCCCCCCUGGGGAGGCCUGCCUCACACUUUGAAAACCUCUGUACUACUUAAUUUAUGAUGUAAUUUAUGAUAUUGUAUUUUUUUAGAAUGAUCUCAUGUAACAGGUAUUUGAUGCAAAAACAGUUUUUUAAAAAAAGCAAUUCUAAUAUAAUCAUUCUAUUUUCCUCUAACCUGGGGUUUAUUGAAGCAAUAUGUUUAUGGUUAGUAAAUAUGCAACACGGAACUAUACAAUAAAGUCUAUACUGAGUUAA